AUGCCAGCCAUGUACCAAUUAGAUGACUAUGAUCUGUGCCUGCAGAAGCCUCCAAGCUGGCUUUUAGCUCACAGCACCUACUGCAUGGUCUAUGCUGAAAUUGUGCCCAAUGCUAGCUCCACUCUCUGGCAGCAAAUUGAGAAUAUAUCCCAGGACGACAAGCAUUGUUUUCGGCACGAUCAUCUAUUUAUUGGAGUAUGCCUAGAGCAGUGCAAGAAAGCAAUUCAAACUCUCAGCAAAUUUCAAAUACAGCAGCUGUACGAGGGCAAAGUGAUGGACACUGAGCUGAGCACUUACUAUGCCAAAGUACAUAAUAGGCCAUCAGAUGAACGCAUUCACUACGAUCAUUUGAUCAACAGUUGCCUUAAUCGAAACUUUGAACGCAAAUUUCAACUUCGACUUCGCAGCAGCAUCGAGUACUGUAAAUGGGCAGAUGAGCAACUGGAGCAUGAUGCACUGGAUGUGACUGUGUAUGUGAUGCUUUCCUUAAUCAUCCUGCUCACCAUCAUGUCCACCUACUAUGAUUAUCGCCUGAAGUUGAAGCAAACCGAUCCCUCCAAAGUUCAAGGCAAUGUCUUCUACCAACAGCGAUUAAAGACGCGUGCUCAACAAUUUCUAGCGACAUUUUCGCUGUGUCGCAAUUAUUAUCGAAUCGUAAUGCCAUCACAAAGUGAAAUGUCCCGAGAUCUGCGCUUCUUUGAUGCCUUUCGUGUGAUGGGCAUCUUUGUUGUAAUUCUGGGACACACGCUGAUGGUUUUUAUGACUGUCCAGAUACAGAAUCCCGAGUUCUACGAGCAGUUUCUUUACAGACCCGAAACAUCGAUAUUUCAGAAUGGUAACGCCUUCAUCCAAAUCUUUUUCGUCAUGAGCUCCUUUCUGCUAUACGUGAACUUUUCGGAACGGCAAUGGAUUAACAAAGAAACGAGUAUCUUGAACUGCAUUAGAGUCUAUUUUCGUGCUUUCAUCAGCAGAUAUUUUCGCCUAUUACCCUCAUUAAUAAUGCUCAUAUUGUUCAAUGGCACGAUCCUAACCCGACUGGGAGAUGGACCCUUCUGGAGACAUUUAACUGAAGCAGAGCGUGUCUUCUGUCGCAACAACUGGUGGAAGAAUGUCUUCUUCAUCAACAACUAUUUGCUGAAAGAGAGUUGCGCACAACAAACUUGGUAUAUGGCUGCCGAUAUGCAACUCUUUGAACUCUUUUUAAUAAUCAUCAUAAUAACCAAAAAGUAUCCAGGACUCACUAGAUUUAUCUAUUAUGUGCUAUUUCUAUUAACAUUUACGGUUCCAGCUUUAUUAACGUAUUAUCUUAAACUAGAUGCCGUUUAUCACAUUAGGCCUGAAACAUAUCGCUAUUUGUACUUUCGCAACUCAGAGACAUUCUAUCAGAUCUAUCCGCCAUUCUAUACCAAUUUGGGUGGAUAUUUUACGGGCUUUCUUUGUGGUCAUCUCUAUCUGAAAGUGCGUUCCUCGACAAAAGCCGAAAGUUACAGGGGCAAAUGGAGCUUGGAAUUGGGCAUGUGGUUAUUGAUUCCAGCUGCCAUUUUGGUGCUUCUCUCGGGCUUCAUAUUUAUAAAACACGACUUUGAGAAGCCGUCCAUUUGGUUGGCCAUCUAUGCGGGACUGUACAAGAAUCUAUGGAUAUUGAUUUGUGCCGGAUUUGUGUGCUGUAUGUGCUUUAAAGUGGGCUGGAUUGCCUAUGAAUUUUGCUGUCUACCCAUUUUUCGGCCUUUGUCUCGCAUUUCUUUCCAAGCAUUUUUAUGGCAUGUCUUCAUAUUGCGAUUGGUAGCUGGUUAUUUUCGAGAUCCGGUAUAUAUCAACAGUUUAUUUUUGUUUGGAAAUGUGCUGUUGGUUUUUGUGCUCACACAAAUCGUUGCCUUCUUCAUGGCGCUAUUAUUUGAAUAUCCUUUGGUAGAGUUGUUAAAGUUACUGACCCAACAUGACAUAAUUCACAAGAAACCGGACUUGAACAAUCCAGCAGUAUGUCAAAUUGAACUCAACAACACGUUGGGUAAACCCAUCUAG